AUGCUACAGCAGGUUGCCGUCCCUCCGCCCUCUAGGGAGCGCGUAGUAGCAGCAGCACUCGAGUCAGCAGCAGCAGCUGCUGCUGCUGCUGCAGAGGCAAACGUGCUGCAGGAGCAACAGGAAGCAGCUGCAGCGGCAGCAGCAGCUGCUGCUGCUGCCGGGGCCGAAGUCGCCCAGGCAGAGCAGCAUGCAGCAGCAGCAGCAGCAGCAGCAGAAGCCCCGCCUCCACCUACGGAGGAAGCAGCAGCAGAUGCUGCAGCAGCAUCCUCCUCUCCCUCCCAGUCACAAGAGCAGCAGCAGCAGCAGCAACCGGAGCUGCAGCAGCAGCAACCGGAGCUGCAGCAGCAGCAGCUGGAGCAAGUGGCGGAGCAGCAAGAUGCCGUAGCUGCUGCUGCUGCUGCUGCUGCAGACACAGCAGCAGCAGCAGCAGCAGCAACAGAAACGUCUCCUGUCCCCUCCACUGUGCAGGAGACAGACAGUCUUUCUCAAGCAGCAGCAACAGCAGCAGCAGCAACACCACCAGCAGCAGCAGAAGCCGCAGCAGCAACGCCUCCACCCGUUGGGGAUAGUACAGACGAGGCAGCAGCAGCAGCAACAGCAGCAGCAGCAACAACACCAGCAGCAGCAGCAGAUGCAGCAGCAACUUCCUCAUCAGUAGACAACAACAGCUCUGUUGCCUCUUGUGUGUUACCUGACGACACAGCAGCAGCAGCAGCAGCAGCAGCAGCAGCAGAGGCAGCAGCAGCAGAAGCAGCAGCAGCAGCAGCAGCAGCAGCAGCAGGGGAACCUGGUGCUGAUGAAGCUGCAGCACUAAGUGCUGCUUAUGGUGCUGGUGGUUUUCCUGCGCAGCUGCAGCAGCAACUGCAGCAGCAGCUGCAGCAGCAACUGCAGCAGCAAUUAGAGCAGCAGUUACAGCUACAGCAGCAACUGCAGCAGCAGCAGCAACUGCAGCAGCAGCAGCUGCUGCUGCCUGAUUGUUUAAACUAUGGAGCCGAUGGUGCCUUCGUGUCUUCUGCUUCCUUAGAUGGUAUGGGCCUCCCUGGUCUAUCAGCAGCAGCAGCAGCAGCAGCAGCAGCAGGAGCAGCAGCAGGUGCAUCUGGUGGUCUCUUUGGUGGAUCUGCUGCUGCACCGCAGCAGCAGCAAGCAGCAGCAGCAGCAGCAGACCGUUUUGCUUCUCUUGCUGCUCUUGCUAAUAUUCCUCUACCUACGCAGCUAUCAGGCAUGCACCCCGCGCUGCUGUCUGCUGCUGGCUUGCCGCUGCUGCAGCAGCAGCAGCAACAGCAGCAGCAGCAGCAGGGAACUACAACUCCUCAGGAUGCAGCAGAUGCACAGACCAAUGGUGUUGCAGAAGCAAAUGGCCUGCAGCAGCAGCAGCAGCAAGAUGCUGCUGCUGCCACGUCUGAUGAUGCAGCAGCAGCAGCAGCAGCAGCAGCAGCAGCUGCUGCUGCUGCUGGUCCUAUCCAGAUGAAUGGACAGGAGCAGCUGCUUCUGCAGCAGCAACUGCUGCAGCAGCACUUAUUGCAGCUUGCAGGACAGCAGCAGCAGCAGCAAGCUGCUGCUGCACUGAGGGUCAAGACCGACGCAGCGGAAACAGAAACAGAAUCAGCAGCAGCAGCAGCAGCAGCAGCAGAUGGACAGCAGCAGCAGCAGCAGCAGCAAAAGGACGGCAUAUGGCUUAAGCAGGAAGACGAGAAGCAAAAGGAUGGAGAAGGCAAGACAAAUGCUGCUGCUGCAGCAGCAGCAGCAGAGAAGCAGCAGCAGCAGCAGCAGCAGCAGCAGGAUGAUGGCAGCAACAAAUCGCAAACAGAUGAUUUUUCUUCCCUUUUAAAGUGUUGGCCAUCCAAUGGCAGUUAUCCAAUGAUGCUGCAGCUGCCUGCUGCUGCUGAUGCAGCAGCAGCAGCAGCAGCAGUAGGUACACUAGAAGAGUUGCAGCUAAAGGCUGCUGCUCAGGGAGACAGUGCUGCUGCUGCUCAGCAGCAGCAGCAGGGUUCAUUAGCAGCAGCAGCAGCAGCUGCAGCAGCAGCUGCUGCUGCAACAGUUGCUUUUGAUCCAUUUGCUGCUGUCAGCAGCGAUGAGCAUCUUGCUGUGCUGCAGCACAUUCGUCUCCUGUCCCUAAAGACAGCAGCAGCAGCAGCAGCAAAAGAGAGGUCACAGGAAGCACCUGCUGCAGCAGCAACAGCAGCAGCAGCAACAGCUACAGAGAAUGGUGAUAAAGAUGCUGCUGCUAGUGGUACUUCUGCUGCUGAUACACCUGGGGGUUCAGACACAGCAGCAACAGCAGCAGCAGCAACAGCAGCAGCAGCAGCAGCAGGGACAGAAGCAACAGCUGAGACUGCUUCUUGUGACAACAGCUCAACAUCAGCAGCAGCAACAACAGCAGCAACUGCAGCAGGAGGAGAGAAGCAGCAGCAGCAGCAGCAGCAGCAGCAGCAAGAAGAGGAGGAUGUAGUAGAGGAAAGAGUAUUAACAUUAAGAGAAGAGCAGCAGCAGCAAGUGCAGCAGCUGCUGGAGGGAUUAACAGCAGAAGAAUUAUCUUCUGCUGCUGCAGCAGCAAAAGCUUCCUCCUCUUUGCUGCAGCAGCAGCAGCAGCAAGGAGAGCAGCAAGAAGAAGAUCCAUUAGAUGAGAGAUUAAGGGCAAUUAGUUCUUUCCUUAAAUCAUUAGAAGGAACAGCAGCAGCAGCAGCAGCAGCAGCAGCAGCUAACCAACCUUCCUGGAUGGUUCCUGAUUUGUUUGGUCGUGGUUUAGCAUCAGAUGCUUUGCUGCAGUCUGCUCUCUUCCAAUGGGUAGCAGCAGCAGGAGGAGGAGGUGCUGCUGCUGCUGCUGAUGGUGGUGCAGCAGCAGCAGCAGCUGCUGCAGCUGCUGCAGCAGCUGCUGCUGCAGGAGCAGGAGCAGGUAAUGAUGCUACUGGUGUUAUGCAACAAGGGGGACUAUUCUUAGGUAUGCUGCCUGAGCUGCAGGCAGAGCAGCUGCUGCAGGAGCAGCUGCUGCAGGAGCAGCUGCUGCAGCAGCAGCUGCUGCAGCAACAACUUACUGCAGCAGCACAUCAAGACAAUGCCCUUGUUGCUAAGGGUCUGCUGCAGCAGCAAGGAAGCAACGCUGCAUUAGGAGACUUUGCUGCUACUGCCUUACAGGUCCCUCAAGGCAGCACCAAGAGAUCAAGAGGGCGCAGCAGGAAGUUGCUGCACUUUGAUGCUGCAGACCCAACAGGAGGUAUUCUUCCUUCUUGUUCAUUAGGUACAGAUACAGCAGCAGCAGCAGCAGGAGGAGGAUCAACAGUUAUUCCUUCAGGUGCAGCAGCAGGUGCAGCAGGUGGAUCUCCUGGUGGAGUAAUAGGAGCAGCAGGACAUCAGCAGCAGCAUCAGCAGCAGCAGCAGCAGCAGCAGCAGCAGGAGCAGCAGCAGCAGCAGCAGCAGCAGGAGGUCCACCAUCAUUAA